ACUAAAAAUGUAAAAGAAUGUUGUAAAAACAACUUUGACCAGCAGGUGGAGAACGAGAUAUAGUAUGGACGUGUCUCAUCGUUGCUUGGCAACGCAAGUUCUGAAAGUUGGUUCUUCUUGGUUAGCUAGCUAGCGGAGUUGUUUAAUAGCUACAUUUAUUUUUCUCUGGCUAAAUUAGCCUAGCCUAUUUUUUUUCCCAUUCAGUUAUCUAGGGUGCCCUACACGAGGUAUAGUCCAUGGGCAGCCUUGCCAGUGAGGUUUUGGAUGAGGCCCACUGUUUCUGGGCGAUGUGCCCUCAUCCUUGCUGCUGGGAGUCGGAGCAGCGCAUUGCCAAAGGCAAACCACACUACAUAAAGCCCAGAACAUCAGAUAGGGGCAGAGCCACUGUAGAUGUGGAAGAGUUUCCAACCCUUAGUGUGGUUAAUGUAUCGGAGUGGACUGAAGGCCGAAAGACCCCUAAAGUGAAGUUGCUCUAUAAGACACUUAGCAAGGAGAAAUUUGCCACAGAUGCUUCUCUAACUCUUCUCUCCAGCCAGUCACAAGCCCACCAGCAGGAGCAUAACACAAGUGCAGCUCUUCACGUUCCAGGGUUAAACUCUGUUGACCAUAGUCCUCGUAAUAAACAACACAAGGAAGUAAAGCUCAGCACAGCCCAGAUCAAUCAGUUGGCCAGCUGCUCCAGUGCAUCAUGGGGCUCUGGCUCCCUAGUGAUGUGGGUACCCAAUCCCCAACACAUCCCUCAGUGCCAAGCCCGAAACAGGCCUAAAUCUCCCCAUGUACCUGUCAAGGAGCUCACUUGCCUUCCGUCCUUAAAAACCUCCAAAAUUAACAGAAAUAAGUCCAAGAAUGUGCGGAAGAUGGUGCCAUUCCAGCUGACACCAUUGACAUCAAAGCCGAGAAGUGAGCAUGGGUUGGGCUCCCCUGUGUCACAGCAAACUGUCCACCCAACAGACCUUGCCCUGGCCAAGCCUGACACAGACACUGACCCCCAGAGGGAGGAGGAGGAGGCCCAGACCCAGGUUCAAACCAGCCCACACCCUCCCCCAGCACCCAGGGUCCCAAGUGCUUUCCUCCUCAGGAACAAGCCUGUGGUGUUCCACAGUGUCAGGGAGAGGGUACUGAGGAGACACACCCAGCAGGACCUCUCAACAUACAUGUACAAACUGGACAGCAAGACUGGAGGGGAUGGCAUUGACUGGGAUAGUCUGAGAAGACAGACCUAUCUGUGGAGGAAGCACAACGUUCCACCCAACUGUGACAGAGAGAAGCCAUUUCCCCCAGAGGACAUGACUGUCUGUCAGACAGGCCAGCAGUGGAACAGCUUUGGUUUCUAUCCCAUCCCAAAGGCCAUGCUCCAUCACGACCCCAGGAGCCCUCUGUCCAAAGGUCCUGCUGUGUGGCACUGCCUGGACUGUGUGGAUAGGAUGUGGUGUGGCCAUGGUGGUGGUCCACUGGCCUCCAUAUCCAAGUGCCAUAAUUCAUUGGUGUCAAACAGUUCCUUCAAGUUCUGUAGCAGAUCCAACCUCAGCUGUCAAAACCCCUUGCACCAACUCCUAGAUAGAGAUGACCUAAGUGAUGUGGAGCCAGGCAACAAGGGCACCAUUGCUCCUCACAACUCCAUGAUGUACCUUCAGGACACAGCUUCACACCACAGAUUUGACAGUCAAGGAGAGGAUCAUGAAUUUGGCCUAUGCCCAGGGAGAGAUACUGAAGAAGGUCUAGGAGCCUUAGAGAGGACAGGGAGGAGCUCUGAGGACAAAGGCCACAGGUCUUCAGGGUCCCAGCCAUCCCCUCCAACCUCUAGCGUCAACUCCGAUACCAAUGGCGAUGGUAAACCUUGAAAAGGAAGAGACAGACACUGAAUGAUCCAGGACUAAGAUCCAGGAGUAAAUGUACUCAUCAGGCCUGUGAACAUUCAUAUAUUUCAUCCAGAGCUAUCCUUCUGCUUUAUAUAAAUACAUCUGGUAGCUUGCUUUUUUUUUUCAUGUCAAAGUAUAGCCUAACAUGGUAACAUAACAAUACACACUAAGUGUACAAAACAUUAAGGACACCUGCUCUUUCCAUGACAUAGACUGAUCAGGUGAAUCCAGGUG